UCAUGCUGCUGCCAGGUCCACAGUCUCUCAUGGGUCCCUGUACGGCCUCCCAUUGCUGCUGUCUCCAUCGCCACACUCUGCCAUGUGCCACUUUCAGGUCUCCUCACACUCCUGCUGGUUUCCAUUUUGUCAUAGGUUGCUGGCAGAUUACAGGCCUCCCAUAGGUGCUGCCAGGCCCCAAAUCUGCCAUGGGCCCCCGUACCGCCUCGUCACGCUGCUGCUGGGUCCACAGUGUGACAUGGGUUGCUGUAUGGCCUCCCAUUGCUGCUGCCUCCACCGCCACACUGUGGCUCCA